ACUCAUACAACACCUUGCUGUGCUCACCCUAACUCAUACAACACCUUGCUGUGCUUCUUGCCACUGCCUGCAUUGACGUGCCAGAACUCCCCAGCACGCUCACGCAGCCCGCCUCCCUCGAUUCAUUCGCGGCAGGCAGCGAGUCAACAUGAACGACGGAACUGAUGAACGCGGUGGCGGACCACGUCGCCCGGCAGACCGCUCCUGUUCUGCCGAUGAUAGGACAGCAGCGGACACACCUCUGCAGGACACAGACAACACGCCUACACAGACAGCCGAAACCCCGUUUAGCGUUCAGCGUGCCGCACACUCCCCAGCACAACCAGCAGAAGGAGUAGGACCCGCCUCACGGCAACCUUCCAGCCUUUCCAGCGUGGCCACCAAUGCAAACAACACCAACGCAUCACCUGAUGCCCGUACACAUGCAACGAUCCCAAACAUGGCGGAGUUCCUCCAACACCAAUACGUCCAAGCUGGGGACUUGGAGGAUGGACAGGAAACUAGUGAGGUGGAAAUGCAAGAGCAACCACAGCGCAUGACACAAACUCCCUCUUCGUCUGUACCCUUGACUGCAGACGCAGACCAACAACAACAGCAACCCAGUGCUGCAAGCGGUGCAAGCGCCCCUGUCAUCAAUUUGGGAGUCCCGGACAAGCACGGGGUCAUGCAGCAGCACGCUGUGCAGUGGAGCGAGGACAACGACCAAUUCUUGGUUGAUGGUGCUUUAUUGCCAGUGCCAUGCCGCACAGUCGACCAAGCAUUGCGCUACCUCAGCACAGCCGAUGCCGAAAGCCAUCCUGGCACAACCACUCACGUGCACACUGCGGAGCAACAAGCACAGACGAGGAGCGGUAACACUGCGACGCCAGCUCAAGCCCAAGCCAUCACGGCCACCUCUCGCACCUCCGCUGCCUCUGCCACCCCUUCACAUCGUGGAAGCGAGGUGAACAACGACCAUUCAAGUGAGAUGGAGUACCUGCUUGUGGGCAAAGAGCAACCCCUGUGCAAGCGCCGCUUCUUGCUCGCUGUUUUGAUUGCCGUUUUGGGCCUUGCCAUCAUCGUUGGCGUGCCUGUCGCCGUCACCACCGUGGCCUCGUCCUCCUCUUCAUCCCCGUCAUCGCCCAGCGGCAUGCGGCUCGAUUGCCUGGACCCGUACACACGCAACCAGUUUCGAAAGAACAACUUGACCAAGGCGUCUGAGGUGGACAACUGCUGCUGCACGGAGUUUUACGACUUGCGCAAAGUCACCGGCUCCGUGCUCAUCACGUGGCAGCAGCCAAACCUUCACUUUGGGCACGUUCGGCUUAUCGAAGAAGACGUCGUAGGGCCAGACGGCGUUGUCGAGCUCGUGGAUUUUGGUCGCCUCACAGCCAUCCGAGGCAUCCUCAACCUGACCAACAAUCGCCUGACCGUUGUCGACUUUCUGGACAUCGCGUCCAUCGGCGGUAUCUUCCUCGACAACAACGCCAUCACUACCCUGGACUUUUCCGCCCUUACCCAUGUUGCUGGGGACGUGUUCGUCAGGAACAACCGCCUCACCCACCUCAACCUCAACACCAUCACCACGAUCGACGGCAGCAUCAACGUCGACAACAAUCGCCUGUUGACCUACGCCUGGAGUACGGAUCUCACCGCAGUUGGUGGCAGCUUCUCCCUCAAAAACAACCGCCUUGCGUCGUUCACAAACUCUCCUGGCGGGAACCUUGCUCUCAUCCGUGGAGACCUCGAUCUGCGCGACAACGCGCUGACCAUCGUCGACUUGGGCCCACUGACGCAGCUCCAGGGCCACUUGCACCUGCAGGGCAACCCCAACCUCGUCACGCUCAACUUGAACGCGUUGACAUCGCUGAACGGCUCCCUGACCGCAAACGGCCGCCUCGUGCGCGUGCUGCUGCCCCACCUCGUGAGCAUUGAAGGCAGCGUCGACCUGCAAGGAAACAGGCUAUCUGAGCUUGACCUUCAGGCCCUCACCAGCAUUGGCGGCAAUUUGCUGCUCAACAACAACGUGCUCACGACCGUUGACUUUGGUGGUGUUACCAGCAUUGCAGGGGGGAUCCACCUGAGCCACAACCAGCUCACCGAGCUCGACUUGCGCGGGGUCACUUCCGUGACGGGCUCCGUUUCACUCAGCGGUAAUGCCCUCACAUCCAUUCGCUUUGGUGGGCAGGUUAGCAUUGCGAACUUCGCGGCAAACGGCAACCGCGCCACCUCGCUCCGUAUCGACGGCUUGCACAGCGUCACAAGCGCAUUCAGCGUCUCCGGUUGCAACAACCUCAAGUCCAUCGACCUCGGCUCGCUGGAGACUGUGGGUGGUGAGCUUGAUCUGCACAACAACAACCUGCGGUCGCUGACGCUGGAGAAUCUCCUCAGCAUUGGUGGUGACCUUGACCUACGCGACAACGACCUCACGACAAUUGACCUGGGCAGUGUGUCCCUUGUUGACGGCGACAUGUUCUGGGGCCACAACCCAUCCCUCGCCUCCAUCGACUACGGCCAGCUGACAUCCGUGAGAACGGUCACGGGCGGGAGUGGCCAGCUAACGAGCAUCAACUUUGGCAAAUUGACAACAGUUGAGGGCAGCAUCUUCCUGUCGUCGAACAAGCUCACAUCCUUGUCAUUUGGCAACAUCGCUCACAUUGGUGGAACCGUCUAUCUGAGGAACAACGACAUCACCUUGGUUGACUUUGCUGCUGCAGGCUACUUGGGUGGCGCAAUUGACCUCUCCGGCAACCCGCUCACCACAAUCCAGUUUGCACAAGGUCAAGUCCUGUCCUCGGGCUUUCAGCUGGAACAGAGCGAUCUCACGGCGCUUCACCUGGUUGGGCUUGUCGCUGUUCUUAACGGCGGUCUGUCCCUGGCCUACAACGCCCUCACUUCCAGCAUUGACUUUGGUGACCUGACCAAAAUUGAGGGCACCCUCGAUAUGAGCCACAACCAGCUGACUGAGUUUGUGUGCGCCGGCUUGGAGUCUAUCACCGGUGACCUCGACCUCACGUACAAUUCCGACCUGGCCAGCAUCGACUUUGGGUCCGUACGCGAUUUUCGGGGACAGCUGCUCCUCAGCUAUUCCCAAACCCCGCUCACUGUAAACCUUGGAAACAUCACGAAGCUGCAUGACGACUUGGCCAUCGUGGGCGGGCGGCGGCUGGUGGAGCUGACCCUCGAGCGACUCACCGCUGUGGAUGGCGGUGGCCUGUAUUUCGAUUACAACAAACUGCGCGCCAUCCACUUUCCUCGUCUGCAGAGGGUUACCGGAGGUGGCAUUCGGUUGUCCCGCAACUUCCUCACGAUGGUCACCUUUGAGAGCCUCACCAGCAUCGACGGGUACCUGAACAUGGCUGACAACAACAUUCACACCGUUCACUUUGGCCAGCUGUCCUUUGUGGGCGACAAGAUUACACUCUCCAACAACGUCGUGACGUAUGUGACGUCUGGUAGCCCCACCAUGCAGGCCUCCAUCGAAAUCUCCACCGGCUCCACCUUCCACAUGGAGGGUGUCAAGCAUGUUGCUGGCUUCUUGUACCUGACGGGCAACGAGCUCAACUCCCUUGACCUUGGCGGCCUGGAACGCGUCGAUCGUCACCUGACGCUGACAUUCGACCACCUCCCCUCCAUCUCAUUCGUAAACCUGACCCACAUCGCAGAAGACCUCAACCUGGCCGGGAACGACCUCACAUACCUUGAUCUGGGCAAGCUGAAGAGCAUUGGCCGUAACCUUUUGCUUGCUUACAACCAGAUUGGUGCCCUUUCCUUUGGCUCGCUCACGCACGUUGGUAGGGACAUUGACCUGAGACAUACCCCCAUCAGAGAGCUCCGGCUUGGCGCCCUGAUCGAGCUGGGGGGCUCCCUCCGCCUCAGCGAGCACUCGCUGCAGCUACUCGAUCUUGGGCAUGUGACAAGCCUGGAAACCCUCGCCUUUUCUAAGCAGUACCUCACGCGCAUCAACUUUGGCAGCCUCGUUUCUGUGGCGGGGGUUGUGGAUCUGAGCUACAAUCGCCUCACGACCGUUGAUCUGCGCGGUGUCACGUCGCUGCCUGAUGACUUCCUGGUCAAGGGCAACAGCCUCGCCUCGGUUUCCUUGGGCAAUGUCACCUCGAUUGCGGGAACGAUCGACUUGACAGACAACCCCGACCUGGCCGUGCUCGACUUUGGUCAGCUGCUGGCGUUCAAGCGCCACUUUGAAGUGCACGCGAGCCUCACACGCGUCAACCUUCGCGGCCUCCGGUCUGCGCUGAGCAUUGAUUUCUCGGACAACAUGCUCACCUCCCUCGAGUUUGGGUCCCUCACUUCCAUCUCCAUGCUUCGUGCUCCCAACAACAACCUCACUUUCGUGGACUUGAGCUCUGUGCGGGGCGCGUCGCGGUCGCUGACACUCGACCUGUCCAACAACAAGCUGGCGUCGCUUCAUCUUCCCAGAGCCGGCUCUCUCACCAUCGAACUAUCAGGGAACAUGCUGCGCUCCCUGCGCUUUGCCAACGAAACAACGUACAUCAGGACUCUCAACAUUGACAACAAUGAAAUCACAUCGCUCGACUUCAACAACGUUGGAUACAUUUACGAAGCUGACCUGUCAAACAACAACCUGACAACGCUGACGUUUGGGGGCGUGACGAAGAUUGAGCGCUUGACAUUCUCGGCCCCAUCCCUGAUUGCUCUGGACAUGGGUGCCUUGACAAACAUCCCCAUAUCGCUCGUGCUACCCUCCUUGGCAUACCUGAACCUGCGCAACGUGACUGAGACUGGGUACUUCCGCGUCUCCGAGACCAAGCUCACGUCACUCGACCUGCGGCAACUGUCUUCUGCGCUAUCGGUCACAGUCACCGACAACACGCGGCUGCGGACAAUGAACUUUGGGUUGUUGACUGCACUUAGCAGUGUGAACCUGGGCGGCAACAGCUUGACGCACGUGGACUUUCGGCAGCUUGAAACGGUUUCGGGCAACCUCGACUUGAGAGACAACAGCUUGCCCAGGCUAAACUUCGGUAACAUUCGCUCCGUCGAGGGGUACGUUAACCUACGCGGUAACCGCUUGACGGCGAUUGAGUUGGGCAACCUGAACGUUAUGUCAUCCCUCGAUCUUAGCGGCAACUCCUUCACAACCGUCUCGUUUGAAAACACAACAGUCGACCUCACCGACCUGUACAUAUCGGACAACGAGAACCUGACGUCCUUGAACUUUGGCGCGAUCACGAGUCUGCACAGAUUCAAAGUCGACGAUUGCCCCAACCUGGCCGUGCUGGACUUUGGACAACUCACGUCCUACAGCUUCAGCGUCACCGUGCGCAGCAAGCUGACGCACAUCAACUUUGGGCGACUGACCACAAUACCUGGUUUCCUCGACUUGCGCUACAACCAGCUCAGCUCCAUCGACUUUGGUGAAAUCACCAGCAUUGGUUCCUCCGUGUACUUGAGCCGGAACCGACUCACCCGCUUUGACUUUGGCCGGCUAACCAAGAUUUCCAACAACUUUGUUUUGUACAGCAAUCAGCUCACCUCCAUCAACUUUGGCAACGUUGUUGACGCGUACCUUCCUUUCCUCCAGCUUGACGACAAUCCCCUCCUAACAACGUUUGAUUUUGGUGCGCUUGGAGCGGUGGACAGCUAUGACAUUCUUGAUUUCUCCGAGCGAGACCUCAAGGGCCUGCACAUUGUUGGCCCACCCACCAUCCUCCGGCCCCUGGACUUCAGCAGCAACGACCUGAGAUUUGUGAACGUGUCUGGUGUUUCGAGAAUGGGGUACCUGACCAUCGAAUACAACCCAGGGCUGACGUCAGUGGACCUUGGCGGGCUCGGGCGAAUGCAGAGCAGUCUUCUCGUGCGGUUUUGCGCCCUCAAGUACAUUAAUUUCGGUUCGGCCAGCAUUUCCUCAAACAUUAUUCUGUCGCACACGGACCUCACCAGCGUGGACCUUGGGCACAUGACCUCCAUCUACAGCCUGUUUGUAUCGUACAGCCCGGUGACAGCUGUGUCCUUUGGGGACGUGACUGCGGUGACCCGUUCUGUUGAGCUGCGCCACAACCAGCUCCUAUCUGUCGACUUUGCUGGACUUGAGAGCAUCCCCGAGGAACUCGACCUCAGAUUCAACAACUUGACUGCCCUUGAUUUGAGCCAGUACCCCUCGCUCACAAGCAUUGGCGCCGUCUAUCUGAGCGACAACCAGCUCAUAGCGCUGCACAUGGGUGCGGUGACAAGCGUCAGCGAGCUUGACCUGAGCAACAACCCGAAUCUCAGCGACCUCAACUUUGGCGACCUCGGCUCGCUGACAAUGUUGAGCGUGCAUGCGGCCCUGACGUCGGUGGACCUUGGACGCGUGUCGAGCAUCGACGGGCCCCUCGAUCUGAGCGACAAUAUGCUCACACGUUUCGACUUGCAGAUGGUGACGGCUGUCGAUGGCAUGGUGAACGUUAGCAUGAACCUGUUGACGUCAAUUGACUUCAGUGGCGUGACGGCCAUUAAUGGCGAAAUUGACCUGCGGUGGAAUGAUCAGCUAUUCAACAUUGACUGCCAAGGACUGGGCUCUUGUUUAUGCCCUCCAUCAAACACUGGCGUCACCACGGUGAAUUGUCCUCCACGCUGCACCGAUUCCUGGUGCGCCUGAUUCUGUGUGUGUGUGUGUGUGUGUGUGUG